AUGGCGUCAGCAUUAAUAGAAGCUACUAUAAACACCCAGCCGCCACUGGAUCUAGGCCGUCCUAAGGAGUUAGUACAUGUGCCUUUUCCAACAGAUUUCCUUUUUGGGCGGUCCCAGCGUUUGGAUUCGGGGCUAAUGAGUGGGUUGACACUUGAAACUCCUGCAGAUCCGUUUCAAGCGCAAACUGUCGUCGUCGUCAACUCGACCCGACUUCUUCGGGGACGAAUGACCCGUGGGUAA